AGCAAUUGCAGUCACUAUGAACAGUCGAGUCGAUAUGUAGGAAACUGUAACCAAAUUCUUAAAUUUUUUGAUUACGUUAAUUUCCAAAAACUCUCAAUCGUUUGAAACGUGGCCCCUUUGGAAAUUUUUGGUUUGACCACAAGUUUCAGGUUUAAUCUUCAAAGUGCGUACAAAGAGGUUAUGUCCACGGUCUGUCACUGUCAACAUGACAGUUUAUAAUAUUUACAUUUUUGAUAAAAGUGGAAUUUUGCUUUAUUAUAACGAAUGGAACCGGUUAAAGCAGUCAGGCAUGACCAGAGAAGAGGAAGGCAAACUGAUGUAUGGGAUGUUGUUUUCAAUCAAGUCCUUCGUGAGCAAAAUCUCCCCAACGGACACUAAAGAGGGCUUCCUCUACUACAAAACGUCAAAAUACACUCUCCACUUUCUGGAGACUCCCUCAGGUUUGAAGUUCGUUUUAAACACGGACAACAACGCCCAGGGAGUGCGGGAGUUACUACAACAAAUCUAUAGUCAAGUUUUCGUGGAAUAUGUGGUGAAAAACCCCCUAGCCAAGCUGUCGGAACCCAUACAGUCAGAAUUGUUCAAAACGAAGCUCGACACUUUCAUAAAGCAGUCGCCAGUGUAUUUAACAAAAGCUUUAUAAUUUGUAAAUUGUAAUAAAUAAUUUAAUAAAAUUUUUGUCGCUA